AUUGUAAUAAUAAAGAAACUGAAAUACAAGAUAAAGAAACAAAUAAUUAUGAAAUGGAUUAUAAAAUGCUAAUUGAUAUAGAUACUGAUAAUAAAGACUCAAAUGAAGACUUUUUAAAUUAUAAUGAAGAAUUAUUUGAUUUUGAAGAUGAAAUAUUGAUUAAAGAAUCUAGUGAAAAA